GUGAACGUGGUCUUUGCCGUUGCACACUGCUCUUUCAUAAUUCAUCGCGAGUUGCUCUCCUUAUUUCUUAUUGUGGAGGCGGGACCUUGGCGAUCAGCUUCUGUCAAAUCAUAAAGGAGAGGUCAGUAUUCGGGAUGGGAGUGAGUAAGAUGGGUGGUUGAGGGACUGCAGUCAGAGGGGUGGUCGACAUUGCAAACGCAAAGGAAUAGUGUCAAACUGGGAAAAUACAUACAAGUGCUGAUUACGAAAGAGCCCCCCACUCCCUCGCACCGCCCCCAAAGGCGAGAGCCCCCUUUGAUUUCGCAGCAUUUACUGCCGGCAGUCGAGAGGCCAGUGUCUCCUGCCUCCUGGUAUGUUAGUGCCGCCUGCAGGAAACGCUCUGAUAUCACUGGCAGCUUCACUCGCAAUGGAUUCGAAUGAAUGAGAAUCAUUACUCUUGUCAAAAGCGAAGCUUCAAAAUGCUAUCACGCGACGGCACAUCAAAAGCUGAGUAUAAGGAUUUGUGACAUCUUCUUAUGGUGAGGUGUCCCUAGAUAUCCCCGUCUCGUUAAACGAAAUCAAGUGGCCAGAAUGCUCUGUGAAAGUCUGGACAGCAAGGAAACUACAGCUCCGAAAUCAGCAACCAAUAACAGGGAAAUCUCUUGAAUGCGCUGUAUCUCCAGCCUCUUGUUCUUUAUUCGAGGGUCGGCGCGACAACCAGGGGAGAUUGGGCUACUGCACAGCUUCUGUAGAGUACAGACAUUACAAAACAGGACGUGGUUGGGACUCCAAAUGGAGGGCGAGUGCAAAGAAAUAAGAGCUGGAGUGAAUUAAACGAAAGGGGACAAUGAAAAACAAUAAAUGACAACAGUAUUUCCUGUGGCAAAUAGCUCAAGCCGAGAACAAGAUCAUCCUCCCGAGACCAGCGACCAAGCCAAAUUCCCAAGCUCACAGUUUGAAGCUGGGAAACUCCAGGAAAAAGGUAAGAUUUAUCACGGUGCCUCGCAUAUGCAAGGAAAUGGCGAUAAAGACAAUCAGCAGUUGACUACCCAGCUUCGUAUCGCAGUAUUCGCUUUAGGAAGUGUCUGGAUCCCAUGAUUCCUCUCAUUUAAGUCCCCAACGUCAGCCCAGCCGUCACGAAGAAUAUAUCCUGUUUAAAUGAAUCGGUUCUAUCCAGUACGCGAAGAAGGAACAGAAAAUUGAUAGGAAUUGCCUGGAGCUUUUGUCAUUCAGAUCCUGAUGGGCAUCUCCAGAGUUCACAAGAAUAAAAAAGGUCAAGAAGAAAACCAGCAUUUGUACAAUUUGGACUGGAGACUGCUGAUUGCUUGGAAUGCUGUGGAAAGACACUGAGAUGGAAUAGUUCAUGGAAUAAGUAUUAUGCCUGAUGACUCACAGAUUGACAGAGUAAGCAGCAUUCCCUGCCACUCCAACAACCUCACUGGUAUGGAGCGACAUUCAUAUCAUGACUUCAUUUUACAUGUCUACUUUGAAGAUCAUAAAAUACUCCACAAAUCAGAAGACAUAAUCACCAAUGCAAACAUUGCAACUUCAAACAUUGCAAAGUUCAACUUUUCAAUGAGUUUUGUUUUAAUAUUUUGAAACUAAAUUACUUAGUUGGUGCAACUUUUUUGUAACUGAAUAGUGUUACUUAUAAUUUACACUUUGUUGAUAUAUAUUGGGAACCUGAAGUAUUUCAUGUGCAUGUCCACUGUACAUUUUUACCACUGAAAAUAUUGCAAUAGUAUAAUGUUGAAUGGGAACCACAUGCCUUUGGUGUCGAUUAAUACAUCAGAUGUUGUUACCCAUUGAUGUCCAAGUUACGUGACUCAUGACAAUUUAAAGCUUCCCUGUUUUCCAAUUCUCGGAUGCCAAAUUAUUACCUUUUGUACCUUAUGUUUUAUUAGGCUCUUUCUAGUUAUGUGUCAAAUGCAUAUUUAUAAACAUUAGAUUAUUUUCUAAAUAUUUAUAAAUCCAAUUGCCCAAAAUGGAUUUUGAAGACAAAAACAAAAGUAAUAUCACUGUUACUUUGGAUAAUAGGAACUACACUAUGGCAUACGGACUAGGACUCCCUUCUUGGGAUGAUUAUAAUGGAAGUAUUCAUGAUGUAAAAUAUUUGCUGAUUGGCGUCUGCACACUUAUUACUGUUCUCGGCCUUCUUGGUAACUUUUUUGUUGUAAUUGCACUCUGCAAAAACCUACAACAGAAAUCAAUGAUAAAUUUUCUGAUUGGAAAUUUAACCUUAUCUGAUACUUUAAUCCUGUUGUUCUGUUCACCAUUUACACUAACAUAUGUUCUUUUAGACCAGUGGAUCUUUGGGGAAAUCAUGUGCUAUAUUGUCCCAUUUAUUCAGUGUGUGUCUGUCAUGGUUUCUAUACUCAUGCUAAUGUCAAUUGCCAUGGUUUGAUAUCAUAUGAUAAGCAAUCCAUUAUCCAACCAUUUUACUUUAAAUACUGGAUAUUUGGUUAUGGGAACUGUGUGGAUUAUUGGAUUUACUAUUUGUUCACCAUUACCUAUCUUCCAUAAAAUCAUAGACCUAAGCGAAACCGUCCACUUGGAUUCCUUAAAAAAUAAAUACUUAUGCAUUGAGUCAUGGCCAUCUGAUUCUUACAGAAUUGCCUACACUUUAUCCUUAUUAUUCAUCCAAUAUAUUUUGCCAAUAGUUUGCCUGACAAUCAGUCAUGCGAGUGUUUGCAGAAAAAUAAGUGCUACUGUGUCAAGCAGACAAGGGAGAUCUGAGGAGAGUGAAAUGAUAUAUUUAACUGUACAGCAACCAGCUAGGAAACAGUUGCAAGCACAACAGUCAAAGAUGCAAGGAUGGAACUAUUCCUUUCCGAGAAAACACAAGAAGAGAUACAGCAAGAAGUGUGCCAGUGUCGUACCUGUUGUAACUAAAUUUCAAGAUAAUGGCAAGACUCACACUGAUCUAUUACUAAUCCAUGGUUCAGAUAGCACACAGCCACUACCCACUUCCUUUCUACCAGGUGUACCUGUAUGUUUUGAAGCAAAAGCUAUGGAAUCUGAAGAGCUCGCUAUUUCACAUAAUGCUCCAGUAACACCAAAAUCCAUCACAAGAUUGAGGAAACGAUCACGCACUGUUUUCUAUAAAUUGACAAUAGUAAUUGUUGCUUUCACUGUAAGCUGGAUGCCUCUGCAUAUUUUUCACCUUGUAACUGACUUCAAUGGUAAUCUGAUUUCUAACAGGCACUUCAAGCUGGUGUAUUGCAUCUGUCACCUGCUGGGGUUGCUGUCCUGUUGCUUGAAUCCUGUGUUGUAUGGAUUCCUGAACAAUGGCAUCAAGUCCAGUUUACAAUCCUUGACCAAAUGCCUUUGGCUGUGAUAAUAAAAGGGCAAUAUCAGGUCUGGCGCCACAGACAAAAAAAACUGAACAUGUUCAUCAGUCAAUAGUACAGUGUACAUCUGCUCCCGAGUCAUUCUAACUAUUCCAUGAUGAUCAAUCUAAAGGUGUUGUUAAAAUGACGCAUUGUUUACCUUACUUUAUUUGACUAAAAUUUAAACAGAAAAUAAAUAAAAGUUUCUGCCUUGUAAUACAGUGAAACUAAACAGGAAAUAACAACUAUGAGUGAUUAUAUUACUUUGUGCAAUUGGUCACUUCUAUCUAAUGAAAAUAUUUCUGGUCCUACUUGUGUUCUUAAAAUACAUUGAUAUGGGAAAGGGAUUUUUUAUCCGCUGAUUCAAUCUCAUUUGUAUUUGGUAUUUGUAAACCCACACUACAUUUCAUUUGCUACUAAAAAUAGAUUAGUGUCCCAAUUUCAUUUAAGCCUCAUCCUUUAACCACAAGCUUUUUUCUAAAACAAUUUUUGAUUUGGCACAGUCUGAACCAAAGAUGAAUUAAUAAUGUAAAUGAUCAACCUAGAUUCCAUGUCCCAACCCUUAAUACACUGUCCUAACCUCGGGGGAAGCCACAAUUUCAGACAGUAGUUAAUAAGUAUUCCCUUGCCUCAAUUCACCAUCAAAUACAAUGGUCUCAACCAAGCUCUUAAUUUUUUGGUAAAUUGAAGUCCCGUGAUGAAUUAAUUUCUUGAGAGAUAUCUCGUACAAACAUCCUAAAUAAUGUUUUGUAUACUGUUGAGAUGUUCUGUGAAUUACUUGCACUUAUCAUUUCAUAGUAACUUUUAAAAUGAGUAUGAUAUCAAAAUCCAUUCAGGAAAAUAAUUUGUAUAUGUUCUACAAAAAUCCACACAGUGAUUUGAAAUCAUAUUGAAAUCAUAUUAACUGCUACUUUCUCUAUGAUAGAAUGUGAUAAAAGAUAAAAGUAAUAGAUUUUUGUUGUCUUUUACGCAUUUCUAAAAGAAUAAAAAUGGAGAAAUGAGUUGUGAACGCUAUUUUUAUCUCACCAAAGGUAUAUAAUCAGAACUGGCUUCUUGUCAAAUUCCUGUGAAGGUGAGAGAAUAAUUUCUGGUGAAAGUAUAAUUUAUUUUAAAUAACUUCACUUUUUCUUUUCAAAGAAGAACUAGCUGCAGUUUUCCAAGCUGUUGGGCCUAAGCAACAUUUAGAAGAGAUAAUUCUUAUUAAAACCAGUCACAGUGGGAUGCAGAACCUCAGUAACUCAUAUAAAGAAGUUGUAAUAUUGCAAUUUUUUUCAUCCAGAACUGCUACAUGGUAUAUUUUUGAUUGCAAAACAUUACAUAGCUCA